UUCAAAAACCAAGUUCCCAAACACCCCUUUAGUUAUGAGUCAGAUCACUUUUCUGGUUAUAGAUGUCGUUUCUUGUCCUUGAUUUUUGGACAAAUGUGAAAGUUGACAAAAUCAAUUGAUAAAUAGCAAAAUUAGAGAUAUCCUCUUUUUUCUGUUUGCUCAAAUGAGGUAUUUACUAUUUUUAUUUUCAGUUUUGUGGGUAAAACAGCACUUACCUUUCUCAGUAUAGCAAAAAUACCUCCCAAUAUUGGUCAAACUAACUUGGGUAAUUUCAGCUUCUUAAUCAAACAACACUAAUUUUUAUGUUUCUUCACAUCUUGCUCAUCCAUUUAUGAAAUGGAUCUUAAACAACUCAGCCGCUAUCUGCUCAAAAUCGAAAAUGAAGAAAUAAAACAACCCACCCAAUGUAAUAUUGCAAAUUUGCAAUAUCUUUCUCAUACCCUUUAGAGAAAAAACCCACAUUGUACUCAUCAUCAUCAUUAUCAUCAUCAUGUGCUGUGAAAGUAACAAAACAGCUAUUGAAACACGAUGGUGCGGUUUAGCCACAUUGUGGUUGUGGUCUUGAACUUGCCAUCUCUACUUUGGUCGAUCCUCAUCAUCUUCUUGACCUUGUCUGCAAUCACUCAAGCCCCUGAAGAAUGCUAUUCCGAAAGCCCGGUGGUAGGACUAGCCUAUGGGACCUUCUUGUUUACCCUUUCAAUGGUGGCCUUGAUUGGUGCAAUACGUGCCAACCGGUGCUUGCUGUCGACUUAUGUGUGGAUGUUGUUUGGUUGGAUAGUCUCACUUGUUUGCUUCUCAAUUUUGUUUUUCAUUUUGUCGAAGGUGAGCAUUGAGAAGGCGACAAAGGAUCAUAGGGAGUAUGAUUUAAAUGAGUAUCCGGAAUGGUUGAGGAGAUUUGCCGUGGAAGGAGGGAGAUGGGAUGUCAUCAAGAAAUGUAUGGUUAGAGGACAGAUUUGUGAAAAGCUUCUUCUGGAAAAGGAUCCGGACGAAAAUGGUGAUUUACGGAUUAAAGAAUCACCUAUUCUGUAUAGUUGUUGUCAGCCUCCUCUGUAUUGUGGUUUUGUGAACAUGAAUGACACUCUUUGGGAGAUCCCAAAAACAGGGCUUGCUUCCAAAGAUUCAGACUGCUUUUUAUGGGAAAACAAUUUGGAUCAAGUGUGCUAUGACUGCAGCUCAUGCAAAGCUGGCUAUAUCAGGAUCUUAAAGGAAGACUGGUCCACAGAAGCCUACUUCGACGCCAUCAUGGCUCUCUUUGUCACCAUCAUCCUCUCCAUCGCCUUCUGUGCUUUCAGACAAGCUCCUAUGAAAAACCACACUUCCAACAACGACAAUACCUCUGCUUAAGAUCUUUUCUUUUCUUUUCUUUCAUAGGAGUUUUUGCAGGGCCGGCUCUGAACAUUUAGGGGCGUAAAGCGAACACUCAACAUGGCCCUACAUUUCUUCAUGUCACCAAAAAAAAAAAAAAAAA